ACGUGACCCCACAGCGCUGGGUGGACGGUGUAAUAGGGUCUCCGGUAGUGACUUUGGAGCUUGCUGAGUGGCGGUGCCGUUGUGAUGAACCGGACGAGCCCCGACUCGGAGCGGCCUCCGGCGUCCGAGCCCGUGUGGGAGCGGCCCUGGUCGGUGGAGGAGAUCCGCCGCAGCAGCCAGAACUGGUCGCUGGCGGCCGACGCCGGUCUACUACAGUUUCUACAGGAAUUCUCACAGCAGACUAUCUCCAGGACCCAUGAAAUCAAGAAACAGGUGGAUGGAUUAAUUCAGGAGACCAAAGCGACACAUUGUCGUCUGCAUAAUGUCUUCAAUGACUUCCUCAUGCUGUCGAAUACCCAGUUCAUUGAGAAUCGGGUGUACGAUGAAGAAGUGGAGGAGCAGGCACUCAAGGCCGAGGCCGAGAAAACCCAACAGGAGAAGACUCGGGAACAGAAGGAAGUAGACCUGAUCCCUAAAGUCCGGGAGGCUGUGAACUAUGGCUUACAGGUGCUGGACAGUGCCUUUGAGCAACUUGACAUAAAGGCGGGGAACUCGGACUCUGAGGAAGAUGAUGCCAAUGAGCGGGUGGAACUGAUCCUUGAACCAAAGGACCUCUACAUUGACCGCCCUUUGCCCUAUCUCAUCGGGUCAAAGCUCUUCAUGGAACAGGAAGAUGUAGGGCUUGGAGAGCUCUCCAGUGAAGAAGGCUCAGUAGGCAGCAACCGGGGAAGUAUUGUGGACAGUGAGGAAGAGAAAGAAGAGGAGGAAUCAGAGGAAGAUUUUGCUAGUCGAAGUGACAAUGAUCAAAACCAGCAUACCACACAGAUGAGUGAUGAAGAAGAGGAUGAUGAUGGUGACCUUUUCGUUGACUCCGAGAAGGAGGGGGAUGAUAUUGAGGACAUUGAGGAAAAUGCCAAGUCUAAAAGACCUACAUCUUUUGCUGAUGAGCUGGCAGCUCGGAUCAAAGGAGAUAUCUCAAAUCAGGUGAAAGAGGAACAGAUAGCAGAUGGAAAACUUCAGAAGACAAUGAAGGAGAAGAAGGAAAGGAGAACACCUCCAGAUGAUGAAGAGGACAGCUUGUUUCCACCCCCCAAGUUGACCGAUGAAGACUUCUCACCGUUUGGCUCUAGAGGUGGCCUCUUCAGGGAAGGACAGGGACUUUUUGAUGAUGAUGAAGAUGAGAGUGACCUCUUCAGGGAAGCCUCCCGGGAUCGGCAAGCACAAGCUCCCGUUAAUGAAGAAUCUCCAUCCCCCAAACCUGGAAAGAAAAUCCCAGCAGGGGCAGUUUCUGUAUUUUUAGGGUAUACUGAUGUGUCUGGGUCCACUUCUGCUCCGUCAUUGAAGGAGUUCCAGAAACAUGAGCAGCCCACUCCAGGGAAGAGUUCACAUCUGCCAACUCCUGCUGGCCUCUUUGAUGAUGAUGAUAAUGACGAUGAUGAUAGCAACUUUUUUGUGCCAUCUUCUAACAAACCUUCCAAGACUGACAAAAUCAAGUCCACUGCCAUUAUCUUUGAUGACGAGGAAGAAGAUCUCUUCAGAGAAAAAACAUCAGCUCUGCCAGAGGCUUCUGUGAGUCAGACAGAUGAACACAGAGAUAAAACGAUCACCCUCCCUUCCAGCAGAAAUCCAAAGCUCGUGUCAGAAACAAAGACUCAGAAAGGUUUGUUUUCAGAUGAAGAGGACUCUGAGGAUUUGUUUUCUUCUCAAAAUUCAAGUAAGUCAAAAAGUGCAUCACUUCUGUCCAGCCAGCUCCCCACAUCGGUCUCCCUUUUUGGUGAUGAAGAUGAAGAGGAUAAUCUUUUUGGGAGUGCCCCAGCUAAGAAGCAGGUUUCCUCUCUACAACCUCACAGUCAAGAGAAACCAAAACCUUCAGAGCAGCCCAAAAAGAAAGCAUCUGCCUUGUUAUUCAGCAGUGAUGAGGAGGACCAGUGGAAUAUUACUGAUUCACAUACCAAGUUAGCACCUGAAAGUAAGUCCAAAGGAGAACUAUGGGACUCAAGGACCAUCCAAGGCCAAGAAGCAAAGGCUGUGAAAAAGACCAACCUAUUUGAGGAGGACGAUGAUGAAGUUGAUCUGUUUGCUAUUGCGAAGGACAGCCAAAAGAAGACUCAGAGAACGUCACUCCUCUUUGAAGAUGAUGCUGAUAGUGGAAGCUCUCUGUUUGGCUUUCCUCCUGCAUCUGUUCCUCCUGCAACAAUGAAAAAAGAGAGCAUCUCUGAGGUACCAUCAUUGUUCAGUGACGAGGAGGAGAAUGAGGUACCAUCCGGUGUGAAAUCUGUGGAUGUGAAGGUUGAUAAUGCCAAAGUGUCCCCAGAGGUGGGGAAUGCUGAUGUAGCUAACGUGGUAAAGAAGGAAGGACUUUUGACUGCAUCUGACCAGGAAGCAGUCGGGCCUUCUGAUUUAUUUUUUUCUUCAUCUCCAUUGGACAGAGGAACCAAGGGUAGAACCAAAACUGUCCUUAGUUUGUUUGAUGAGGAAGAUAAAGUGGAAGAUCAAAGCAACACCUGUGUGCCGCAGAAGGAAAUGGAAAAGGGUCUCAAAACUGAUGGCCGCCCCAAGAGCACAGGCGUCUUCCAGGAUGAAGAGCUGCUUUUCAGCCACAAGCUGCAAAAGGACAAUGACCCAGAUGUUGAUCUUUUCUCUGGCACCAAAAAAACCAGGUUGUCAGUGCCCCGUGGUGGGAGCCUGUUUGGUGAUGAUGAAGAUGAUGAUCUUUUCAGCUCUGCCAAGACUCAGCCUGUGGUACCAGAAAAAAAGGGAUUACUGAAAAAAGACCACCCUGUUUCUUUAAAGAGCGAGAAAACUCCUGAGUCUACUCAAGGUAGCAAAGAGAAAAGCUUAUGGAAAGCAGAAACACCACAGGAUUCUUCAGGUCUCACUCCAUUUAAAAGCAGAGAGCCAUCCAGUCGGAUCGGGAAAAUACAAGCAAAUUUAGCCAUUAACCCAGCAGCCUUGCUGCCCACAGUGGCUCUGCAGAUCCCAGGAACAAAGCCUCUUUCAUCUGAAUUAGCUUUUCCUUCAUCUGAACCUGGAAGGAGCCACGUCCCGGAACGUGUGCCCACUCUUCCUGGGAGUGAGGAGGCUGGUGUCAGUUUCGAUCUUCCAGCCCAGGCAGAUACCUUACACAGUGCAAACAAGAGUCGUGUUAAAGUGAGAGGAAAGCGUAGACCACAGACCCGUGCUGCGAGGCGGCUGGCUGCCCAGGAGUCCAGUGAAAGCGAGGACAUGAGUGUCUCCAGAGGACCUGCUGCACAGUUGGCCAGUAGUCCCAUCUUACCAAAUGGCCAUCAACCUCACCUGCAGCCCGGGAUGGCCAGUGGAGAGAUCAGCUCUGAGAAAGCCGUGGCCCCAGCUGCUCCACCUUGGGAAAGCGGUCCUGCAUUGUCUGCAGUAGACAGAAGCUUUUUUGUGACUUCUCUGCCUCAGACUGGAAAUGAGGCUGACCUGUUUGAUUCGGGGGACAUCUUUCCACAGAGCCUAGGAUCACAGUCCAUGGAGGGAACAAAAGUCAAGGCAGCAGAGACCCCAGCCCACUUGUCAGGAGGAAGUAAAGAGAAGAACCUUGUGUUUCCUGUUCUCAGUGAGGCCAGCAGUGCCGAUGAUCUCUUCCAGACUGUCAAACCAAGACCAACAAAGAAAAGAAGCCCUUUCCCCCUCCUUGAAGAUGAGGAUGACCUCUUUGCAGAUCAGAAAGGCAAAAAGAAGGAGUUGAAACCUGACAGCCAUCAGGACAGCGUAUCAAAAACACAAGACAUUUUUGAGGAUGAUAUAUUUGCUACGGAAGCAGUUAAACCUUUUCAAAAAAAGAGAGAGAAGGAGAGAACUUUGGAACCCAACUUAUUUGAUGAUAAUAUUGAUAUCUUUGCUGACUUAACUGUAAAACCCAAAGAAAAGUCCAAAAAGAAAGUGGAAGCCAAGUCUGUGUUUGAUGAUGAUACAGAUGAUAUUUUCUCCUCUGGUCUCCAGGCUAAGAUGUCCAAACCCAAAAGCCAAUCUGCAGAGGUCACAUCUGAACUAAGAUCUGAUCACAAAGUGUCCAACAUUUUUGAUGACCCCCUGAAUGCCUUUGGAAGCCAGUAGAGCAUUUGGGGUCUUCACAGUUCACC